AAAACAAAACUAACCGUCACUAUGGCAACGAGUAAUUUAUGAAUGGCCGCAGGUUCUUUUCUAGUGUUUCCACAUCUCCGACAGUAAAAACGUAUUUAACAUUGAAAUAUCAGGAAUCUGAAGGUGAAAUAAAAAGGAAUUUGAUGGAUCUGAAGGUAUUUGGGAGCAAAGCCUCUCUUCAGAACUGCCUCCCAGAAACACCACGAAGUGGAUUCAAAACCAGCACAAAGCAAUAUAACAAGAAACCACGAUGUUACUCUGCUUGCCAAAAGUAUCCAGAAGAGAACUGUCGACCAGAAUGUGUCCCUACUUUGGAUCUUCGAUAUCUUCAAGAACCAGAAACAAAAUCAAAAGUCUCUAUCGAUUGCUAUGACUUAAAUCUUGACAAUCUCUCGACAUCUUCUUCUAACAGAUGCCUUGAUAAUUUCACUGUGAGAUCUAACCCACAUAAACACAAUUCUGGUGUUUCCUCUAGUCCUGCUGAUGUUCCAACCCUUGAUAUCCAGGAUUCAGCACGUGAACCAAACACAAAAGCUAAGAAGAAUUCUGUUUGGGAUAAUGCAGUGAUCCCAGAGGAUUUACCUAAACCUUCUGAGAAAUAUAAAAACUUAUACAAUGAAUAUAAAGAAGAAAUGAAGUCUUCUUACUCUAAACAUAAAGCUUCAAGUCCUGUUAACAACCACAGUCCAAGCAAUGAAAAUAUGGCAGAAAAGAAACAAUUUUCCAAUACUGGAAUGGACGACACUCUUGAGCAAUGUAUAAGUCAGUUGAAGUUUCUGUCUCAAAUGAAUUCUUCGAAACAGUCAAAUAUGGAAGAACUUGAAGAAUCAAAGAAAAAGGAAAAACUGAUUGAAACUGUAAUGGUAGACCAGUUAUCACGAAGUGUUAUUUGUGACCCAGAGCAAGAUGAACACUUAAAUGAACCUCACAGUUAUGUUUCUCAUAAACCUCGAGGUGUUAACAGAUUUCUACACGAGACCAGCAUAAAAACUCGGAGUACUUCAACUGAAAAUUUAUUGUCAAAGAGAGUGAAGUUUGGUGUGAGGCUUCUAGCACAUAAUGACCAUGAUGCUUUGCGAGAGUUAAUGGGAUUUUUCUUUCAUGUCGACAACAGUCUCACUAUUUAUGAGUUCCGGCAAUUCGGUAAAAGUGCAAAGGCUUUACCUUUCAUUUUACGAGAUGUUUAUCCAUCUCCCCUCAGGCUGGGUUCUCAGACUUCCACAAAAUUCUACUCACUCUCUAAUAUAUAUCCGGGUGCUGACUUAGAAAUAAGUUGUCACAACCAGCCAUGUCUACCAGAAACUUUAAAGAAACAGUCCAUAGUUUUCUUCCGUGUCACUGAUGUUGAUGAGCAAGAAAAAUCUAAAAUUCUACUGGCAAAUGUUCUGCCUUCAGAUCAAAAAGAUGUCUACACCAAGAUGCAUGUACCAAAAGAAAAAGAGGAGAGAGAAAAAUCAUUGCUGUUUGCUAAAGUACAACAAAUAGUUUGUGAUAAACUAAAAAGACGUGGUGUCCGGACUGUAACUGGUCUGGGUCAGCAUUACGAAAGACUGUGCCAAAAAUCAUCUGCUCCUCAACACUUUUUAGGGAAGUCUGAUCUGGAAGAAGGACUUAAAGUUUUUCAUAUUGAACUGCCUCAAACUAGUUUGGACCAGUUGUUUAGCUAUUUGGACAGCAAAGGAAGUGGGUUUGUUGAUUACAGUCUAUACAUGAGGGCUGUUAUUGGGGAAAUGAAUGAAUAUCGCAAAAGUUUUGUGCGGAAGGCUUAUCGGAAGAUGAGAGGAGCUACUAAAGAUUGUGUCAAUGUUGGCGAAUUGAAGAAAUUUUACAGAGCUGGCAACCAAAAUAAUGUAUUUUCUGGUGGAGAACUGUAUGAUGCACUACAAUUAAUGCUUAGUGUGUUGAACAAAAGCUCAAAAGAAACCGAAGUGAUUCGAUAUAUUGAAUGGGAACAGUAUUAUGAAGGCUUAAGUAUUGGAAUCGAAUCGGAUGUUGAUUUCCUUAGAAUUCUAAAGAACCUGUGGAGUAUCUAAAGAAAAAUCCUUUACAACAGAGUAGAAUAUUCUUUGCUGAAAAGUUCUAAUAAGACUGAAAUAAGUUCAUUACUUUCACCAGCUCCACUCAUCUUCAUUUUACAAAAAUCUCAGUUAGCUGCUUUUGUUGGAAUUAUCUCCCUUUAUUUAAAUUUUAAACAAACAUCCUCUCGAGGGAUUGUUUGUCAACUAAUUACAACAAUAAUCUCAAAGUUGUGCCCUUCAAUAUAUUCCAUAUGUGAGGCCCUACUAAAUUGUCUAUGGAAUAUGUAGAGAAGUUCCUUCCCAGACUUAUGUUGUUCCCCUUUUGUUAGACUUACAUUCUCUAUUAUCAUCAACACACUACAACUCCAGUUGCUAUCACAUCAAUACAUUUAAAUGGUUUAUCACAUCAAAUUGACUCAGUUUCAAAGAAAAAACAAAAUAUUUCUGUAAUUAUUUGACAUCCCCAUAUGUUCAGCUACUGUUUUUAUCAAAUUUGUUAUUUUGUGUGGUUGCCAAUCUUUAAUUAAUUAUAUUUUGUAUUUAUUUUCCUGAACAAAUCUUGGUGACAUAUCUGGCAAUUAUUUUGUGUAAUCAUAAUUCUGGGUUCAAUCCUGCUAUACAGCACAGUGGUGUCUUCUAAUCUAGGUUCAAAUUGACUAUUUUGUAAGUAGAAACUGUGAGGAAGCCUAUUGUAUGUGUGUCAUUGCCAUUAUCAUUGUUUUUGUCCUUUUCUUUCCCCAGACAGACAUAGAUUAAGAUGAUACUUUCUGAGGUAGUUUUUCUAUAACCUGAUGUUCAUGUCACUAAUUCUCACACGAAACCAAUAAACUAUGAAAAUGUUAAUGUUGCUAUUUUUGCUCAAACAUUAACAAAGACACAUAGAAUCAAGAUGUGCAUAUGUACACACACAGUUUCAGUCUACCAGUUCCUCUCACGAAACUGAGAUCAGUCCAAAAAGAGGAAGUCAACUGUUGUAUUAUGACCAUUCAAUGUGAUAGCAAUAUAAUUAUAUCCCUUUCUUUUCCCCACACCAAACCUCUUGAUGUGAAGUGAGUUUCAUUUUACUAGCAAGAUAAGACCAAAGUGAAACUGUGCUCAUAAGCUAUGAAUAAAUUUAAAAUAAUAAAAUGUAUUAAACUGUAAAUAAAUAUUUCCCAACACAUCACUGAUAGAUUUUUAAACUAA